CUAAAUUUCUGCAAUGUAUCGAUUCUUCCCCUUCUUUCCCCUAUUUUCGCUUACAAUUCCAAAAGGUCUCAGCAAUGGAGUCUUCCCCAUCGCUCUCAUCCACGGAGAAGUUCAAUUUCCGGACCAAAGUCCUAAGCGGACACCUAAACCAACACAGCAGCGGCAACAGCAGCCCUUCGAUCCUCCGAUCCUCUCCGUGCCUCAGCUACACGCCGCCGGAGCUCUCAGAGCAGCCUGCGGCGUUCGACGUGUCCGCGAUGCGGAAGCUGCUGGACGGCCACAACUUGGAGGACAGGGAUUGGCUGUACGGCAUGAUGAUCCAGAGCGAGCUUUUCAAUCCGGUUGUUAGGGGUGGGAAGGUGUUCGUGGGCGUGGAUUUCAACCAUCCAAUGGAGAAGCAGAGGGAGUUAACGAUGAGGAGAAUUGAGUAUCUUUUGGAAAUUGGGGUUUUUAGGGGAUUGCUUUCUGAUAAUGGGCCUGAGGCUGAGCUCAGGAAGUUGGCUUUGCUUGAAGUUACUUCCCUUUUUGAUCACUCUCUCAGCGUCAAACUUGGGGUUCAUUUUUUGCUCUGGGGCGGAGCAAUCCAAUUUUUGGGAACAAAGCGCCAUCAUGACCAGUGGUUGAAGGACAGUGAAAAUUUUGUAGUCAAAGGUUGCUUUUCGAUGACAGAGUUAGGACAUGGAAGCAAUGUUCGUGGUAUCGAAACUGUCACGACUUAUGAUCAAAGCACAGGAGAGUUUGUUAUAAAGACUCCUUGCGAGUCUGCUCAGAAGUACUGGAUUGGAGGAGCCGCCAAUCAUGCAACACACACUAUAGUUCUUUCACAACUCAUCAUUGGUGGGAAAAAUCAAGGGGUCCAUGCAUUCAUUGCGGAGAUAAGAGACUCAAAUGGUAACAUUCGUCCCAACAUUCGUAUAGCUGACUGUGGCCACAAGAUUGGUUUGAAUGGAGUUGACAAUGGCCGGAUCUGGUUUGAUAAUCUUCGCGCUCCUAGGGAGAACUUGUUGAAUUUAGUUGCUGAUGUUUCCUCAGAUGGGGAAUACAUUACUGCAAUUGAGGACCCUGACCAACGCUUUGGAGCAUUCAUGGCCCCAUUGACUACUGGACGAGUAACAAUACCAACAGUUGUAACUUAUGCUGCAAAGGUAGGAAUAGCUACUGCUAUAAGAUACUCUUUAACAAGGAGAGCAUUUUCUAUCACACCUAAUGGUCCUGAAGUUUUAUUGCUUGAUUACCCAAGUCAUCAAAGACGCCUACUGCCUCUUCUUGCAAAGACAUAUGCCAUGAGUUUUGCUGCUAUCUCUUUGAAAAUGAUGUACGUAAAAAGGACACCUGAAGUGAACAAAACUCUGCAUGUCGUUUCAAGUGCUUUUAAGGCCACCUUAAGCUGGCAUAACAUGCGAACACUUCAGGAAUGUAGAGAAGCUUGUGGAGGCCAAGGCCUUAAAAGUGAGAAUCGUAUAGGCCAAUUGAAAAGUGACUAUGAUGUAAACUCUACUUUUGAGGGUGACAACAAUGUUCUCAUGCAACAGGUGAGCAAGGCACUUCUGUCAGUAUAUGUUGCAUGCAAGAGAAAGGGAAUCCCAUUUGAAGGGUUGGGAUUGGAACACAUGAAUGGACCUUCUCCAUUAAUACCAUCUAAGCUUUCAAGUGACAUCUUAAGGAGCAUCCAGUUCCAGAAUGACAUCUUUUGCCUGCGAGAGCGUGAACUUUUGACCCGCUUUGCUGCUGAAGUGUCACAACACCAAGCACGCGGUGAAAGCAAAGAAAAUGCUCUUAUGUUGAGUUAUCAAAUGGCAGCAGACUUGGGCAAAGCCUUCGCAGACCUGGCAAUUUACCGUGCAUUCUUAGAAGCCGAGGCUUCUGUGGUACCUGGUCCGCUAAAGAACAUACUUGGCCUUGUGAGAUCAAUGUACGUUAUGGUUAGUUUGGACGAGGAUGCUGCGUUCCUGAGAUACGGAUGCAUAACGCCAGAGAAUGCCGCCACUGCAAUUAGGGAUGAAAUCUCAACAGUCUGCAGAGAGCUAAGGCCACAUGCCCUUACUUUGGUCACUUCUUUUGGUAUACCUGAUGCCUUCUUGAGCCCCUUGGCUUUCAAUUGGGUUGACGCAAAUGCUUGGUCUUAGCAUGGUUCUAAUUGAAUAUGGGUUUUGUCAAUCUAUGAUUUGGUCAUAGCCUUGUUACAUUAAGGCCACCUUACUACACUUACUAUGAAAAACUUCGCUCGUGUCCACUUUUUGUUUAAUUAUUACCCGAUUACUAAAUAAAUUCCUUAUCAGAUU